AAAACGGGAUAGACAAUUGGCAUAGGAUAUGAAUCACAAGCCUUUACCAUCUUACCUCCUCAAAUUGCUUCACAGCAUGCUCCGUUAUAGACCUUCCCGACCUUAUUCAUAAACAUUUGGGACAUUCGAGUUUAUCCAAGCUACAAAAAAUGGUGCCUGUCAACUUGGGAAACACACUCGUGCUACAUAUUCACGCAGUAUUAGGAGUCGCUCAGAGUCUAUUUUCUCAUUAGUCCAUUCUGAUAUUGGGGUCCUAGUAGAGUCAGUUCACCCUUAGGAUUUCAUUACUUUGUUACUUUCAUCGAUGAUUUUUCAAGGUAUACUUGGGUUUACUUGAUGAAAGAUUGUUCCGAGUUAUUCUCUAUAUUCAAGAGUUUUUGUGCUGAAAUACAAAAUCAAUUUGGUGUUUCUAUUCUUGCUUUUCAUAGUGAUAAUGCCUUAGAAUACUUAUCCUCCCAGUUUCAAGAGUUUAUGACUCAUCAAGGAAUCAUUCACUAGACAUCAUGCCCAUACACCCCUCAGCAGAACGGUAUAGCAGAAAGGAAAAAUAAGCAUCUCUUUGAGGCUGCUCACACACUUCACAUUGAAUCCCAUGCUCCUCUGCGUUUUUGGGGCGAUGCAGUCCUCGCAUCUUGCUAUCUCAUUAUCCAGAAUAAGGUUCCCCAUUCCAUACUAUUUUCUCAGUCAUAUCUCUAUUCUAUCCCCCCUCGUGUUUUUGGGAGCACAUGUUUUGUUCAUAACUUAGCCCCAGGAAAAGAUAAAUUAGCCCCUCGUGCGCUCAAAUGUGUCUUCCUUGGUUACUCUCGAGUUCAAAAACGGUAUCAAUGCUAUUCACCUGAUAUGGGUCGCUACCUUAUGUCCGCUGAUGUCACAUUCUUUGAAUCUCAACCUUACUAUACAUCUUUUAAUCAUCUUAAUAUCUCUGAGAUUUUACCUAUACCUCUAGUCUUACCUACACCAAUCUUUGAGGAACCUACGGUUACUUCUCCAUCUCCAGCUACAAUGCCACCACUUUUGACUUAUCACUGCCACCCACAUCUAGCAUCAGUCCCAGUCCCAGAUGAUUCAUGUUAUGCGCCUGAUGUUUCCCCUAUUGUGGACCUGCCUCUUCCUAGCCAAUCAGUUGCACUUCAAAAAGGUAUAAGAUUCACUCAUAAUGCUAACCCACAUUAUACUUUCUUGAGUUAUGAUUAUUUGUCAUCACCCUAUUAUGCUUUUGUAUUAUCUUUGUCCUCUAUUUCUAUCCCUAAGACUAUAGGUGAAGCACUUUCCCAUUCAGGAUGAAAACAAACUAUGAAUGAUGAGAUGUCUGCUUUACAUACGAGUGGUACUUGGGAACUUGUUUCCCUUCCUGCAGGUAAAUCUACUGUUGGUUAUCGUUGGGUUUAUACAAUCAAAGUUGGUCCAGAUGGUAAGGUUGAUCGGCUGAAGACUCUCCUUGUUGCCAAAGGAUAUACAGAGAUAUUUGGGCUUGAUUAUAGUGACACUUUCUCUCCCGUGGCUAAAAUAGCAUCAAUCCGUCUUUUUCUUUAUGGCUGUCGUUUGUCAUUGACCUCUUUAUCAGUUGGACAUUAAGAAUGCUUUUCUGCAUGGUGAUCUUGAGGAAGAAGUCUUUAUGGAGCAACCACCUGGUUUUGUUGCUCAAGGGAGUCUAGUAGCCUUGUUUGUCGAUUGCGCAAAUCACUCUAUGACUUGAAACAGUCCCCUCAAGCCUGGUUCGAAAAGUUUAGCACAAUUAUUUAGGAGUUUGGCAUGAUUCGUAGUGGAGCUGAUCAUUCAGUGUUUUAUCGCCGUUCUGAACCAAAUCUGUGUAUUUAUUUGGUGGUUUAUGUUAAUGAUAUUUUUAUCACCGGCAAUGAUCAAGAUGGUAUCACUAACUUAAAGCAACAUCGCUUUCAGCAUUUCCAGACUAAAGAUCUUGGUAGAUUGAAAUACUUUCUAGGUAUUGAGGUUGCUCAGUCUAGAUCAAGUAUUGUUAUUUCUCAACACAAGUAUGCUUUAGAUAUAUUUUAGGAAACAGGAAUUAUGGGAUGUCGACCAAUUGACACUCUUAUGGAUCCAAAUGCUAAACUUCUGCCAGGACAGGGGGAAUCACUUAGUGAUCCUAAAAGGUUUGACGGUUGGUUGGAAAGUUGAAUUAUCUCACAGUGAUUAGACCUGACAUCUCUUUUCCUGUGAGUGUUGUAAGUUUGUUUAUGACUUCUCCCUAUGAUAGUCAUUGGGAUGCAGUUGUUCGUAUUUUGCGAUAUAUAAAUUCAUCUCUAGGUAAAGGAUUAAUCUUCGAGGAUUGAGGCCAUGAGCAUAUCAUUGGAUAUACAUAUGCUGAUUGGGCAGGAUCACCCUCUGAUAAACAUUCUACAUCUGGAUAUUGUAUUUUAGUAAAAGGUAAUUUGGUGUCCUGGAAGAGUAAGAAGCAGAGUGUGGUUGCUCGAUCUAGUGCUGAAGCAGAAUAUCGAGCAAUGGCUGCAACAAUUUGCGACCUGGUUUGGAUCAAGCAAUUGCUGAGAGAACUAAAAUUUGGAGAAACUGAAAGUAAAUCCACAAAUGAUACAAUCAUAGACCAAGCUGUUGCUCCAAUUAUCUCUUCCACAACCACAAGUAAUGCUGAAAGUAAUUCCUCCACCUCCAAACUCGAAGAGGAACUUAAAGUUUUUUCGCAGCUCCGGAAGUUCACAUUCAAUGAUUUGAAGUUGGCUACAAGAAACUUCAGACCCGAAUCCCUUCUCGGAGAAGGGGGUUUUGGUUGUGUCUUUAAGGGUUGGAUUGAAGAGAAUGGGACGGCACCUGUUAAACCAGGAACAGGGCUCACUGUUGCUGUGAAAACUCUAAAUCAUGAUGGGCUUCAGGGUCACAAAGAAUGGCUGGCGGAAGUAAAUUUCCUUGGCGAUCUCAUUCAUCUCAAUUUGGUUAAACUAAUUGGUUACUGUAUUGAAGAUGAUCAGAGGUUGCUGGUUUAUGAAUUUAUGCCUCGAGGAAGCUUGGAAAACCAUCUGUUCAGGAGGUCCCUGCCUCUUCCAUGGUCCAUCCGCAUGAAGAUAGCAUUGGGUGCAGCAAAAGGUCUUGCUUUUCUUCACGAGGAAGCAGAAAGACCAGUGAUAUACCGUGAUUUCAAAACAUCCAACAUUCUGCUAGAUGCGGAUUACAAUGCCAAACUUUCUGAUUUUGGACUUGCCAAAGAUGCUCCAGAGGGCGACAAGACCCAUGUUUCUACUCGUGUCAUGGGAACAUAUGGUUAUGCAGCUCCAGAAUAUGUGAUGACAGGACAUUUGACAUCAAAGAGUGAUGUCUACAGUUUUGGUGUAGUUCUGCUUGAAAUGAUGACAGGUAGGAGAUCCAUGGACAAGAACCGGCCAAAUGGGGAACACAACCUUGUUGAGUGGGCACGGCCACAUUUGGGUGAAAGAAGAAGGUUUUAUAAAUUGAUAGAUCCUAGACUUGAAGGGCAUUUUUCAAUAAAAGGCGCGCAGAAAGCUGCACAGUUAGCUGCACGAUGCCUUAGUCGGGAUCCCAAAGUCAGACCUAUGAUGAGUGAAGUGAUCGAAGCCUUAAAGCCGUUGCCAAACCUCAAGGACAUGGCCAGCUCCUCCUACUAUUUUCAGACGAUGCAAGCAGACCGAGUUGCGUCAAGCCCAAAUACAAGAAAUGGACUUAGAACACAGGGAUCGUUCUCAAGGAAUGGACAACAGCAUCCGAGAAGCUUAUCGAUUCCAAAUGGUUCUCAUGCUUCUCCAUACCGACAUCAACUUCCUCAGAAUUCGCCAAAUCCAAAUGACAAACCAUAGAAUCAGAUUGGCAGUAAUCUAUUUGUACCAUUCUUUUCUUUCCCCUCUAUAUUUUGUUGGCCUACAUUUAUGCUUGUAGACUGGCAAGGGAAUAGAAGUGCACGUACACGUGAUCUAUGAGUGCGCUCAACUCCUACUUGAAAAGAGUGUAGGGUAACCACCAUGUAGUAAUUAUAUUUCUGUGUUCAGAUAAUUCAUUCUCUUCCCUUUCACUUCAGCCCACAUCAUAGGGGGAACUAGUAAAGGAAAGGGAUUCUCUCUC